AUGGUAAAGAUCAUCUUCUACGAGGACAAGAACUACCAGGGUCGCAGGUAUGAGUGUGACAGUGACUGCACCGACUUCCACUCCUACCUGAGCCGCUGCAACUCCAUCCGGGUGGAGAGCGGCACCUGGGUGGUCUACGAGAGGCCCAACUACAUGGGCUACCAGUACGUCCUGACCAGGGGCGAGUAUCCCGACUACCAGCGCUGGAUGGGCCUCAACGACAGAGUCAGCUCCUGCAAAAUGAUUCACUUUGUAAGCCCCCGAACUCUCUGGAUAACACCAAGUGAAGGCCCCUAUAAGAUCGAGCUCUAUGGUAAAGGGGACUUCGCCGGCCAGGCCUUGGAAGCAACCGAGGACUGCCCGUCUGUGCUGGAGAAGUUCCACUGGCGGGAGGUGCACUCCUGCAAGGUGCUGGGGGGCUGGUGGGUCUUCUACGAGCACCCCGACUACAAGGGCCGGCAGUACCUGCUGGAGAAGGGCGAGUACCCCAAGCCUGUGGACUGGGGCGCUGUCUGCCCUACUGUGCAGUCCUUCAAAAGGCUGACCGAGUAG